CUAACCUAGUCCGCUCGGCGCUCAUCGUGACCGGCACCACUUGACACGCACUUACUCGUUGUUCACACCUCUACACCUUUCACUCCUCGUUUCACAGUACCCGUCAACAUGGGAUCUGCGCAGAGCCAUGUCGCUGAAGCCCUCGCUGCGACCCUCGUCGUAGCUGGAGCUGCCGUCGUGUACAGCUACAAGCCGUCCAGCUCGCAGGCGCAUUCUGACCCCGCACCCGUGUCUGUGUCUGCCGCCGGGAAGAACAAGAAGAACACCAAGAAGAAAGCUGGCGCGGAACCUGUUUCCCCAGCAGAGAAGCCCACCACGAAACCCACCGUUGUGCAAUUCCCGCCGGUGGUGCCUGGCGCCUUCGAAGGGUCCUCUGCGCCUCUUGACACGGAGGCAACCCCCGAGUCCGCGCCGAAGGCGACAAAGUCGAAGAAGAAGAAGAGCAAGAAAGCCAACGCGUCGGGCGCGGGGGCGUCGCGUCCAGUCGACGCAAUGUCGGAGUCUUCUGCCACCGCGCCGGAGUCGCCGGCUGCAGCUCCCGCGCGGCCCAUCGCGAAGUCGAGGAAGGCAUCGACGCCAAAGGCAACUCCACCGCCCCCUCCGACUGUCGACACGGACGGCUCGUGGACUCGCGUCGAGUCCAAGCAGAGGAAGGAUUCAGAGCAGCCUACCCCUCUGGACGCUGGGACAAGUGAUGCUGGAGUCACUACCACGUCUUUCACGGGCAACUCGUCUCCUACUGCAACUGCUUCGGACGAGGAGGGCGACGUCAAGGCCUCGACGUCGGACAACCGACGUACGCUCGCGGAGAGGCUACUGCCGAAGCCGCGAAAGACAGGGGUGGACGACAUGUUGGAGACACCCGACUACCCAUCCGUUGCCCGGGUCAUGCGAAUCCAGCCAGGGCCUGACGAUCGACCCGCUGUUGGGUUCUCGUGGGCUGACUAUGAGGAUGUUGAUGACUCGCGCGGGACGGCUGAUGAUGCUGACGGGGAGGAUGACGGUGGUUGGGGUGUCGUGAAAAGCCGUGGUCGCCCCAAAACACAUAAGCCCACAACGACACCCACCGCGUCAGAAAGUGUGUCGAAGAAGCAGCGUCAAAACGCCGCAAAGCGCGACGCGCAGAAGACUGCUAAGGUCGAGGCCGAAGCGGAGCGACAAGCACGGCUCGCGCAGCACAAGCGGGAGCUGGAGCGCGCAAAGAUUGCGGAGCAGUACAGCAAGCCUAGCAAGAAUGUGAGCGGCGGGAUGACAGCUUAUGUAGACGAGAAUGGCAAGCUAGUCUGGAAAUAACCGCGCGCCCAGCCGGUCGUUGUCCAUCGCUGCCUGCGAAUCCGUCCACAGGCUACCUUCACGCCAGGUUCAUAAAAGGGACAUAUACCAGGAUGAUUCGCUUUUUAUAUCUACUGUACUUUCGUGCUAUGUGGUUUCAGACACUCCUUUG